GUGGCCUCGCUGUUGCUAUCGGUAGAUGACGCGCUAGCCUUUCGAGCUAACCUGCUAAGCCGCUAGCGCAGCGCGAGCCAGGGCGAAACCCGAGGCUGCUAACCGAAUGUCUCAUCUCCGUCCUGCGUGCAAAUCUUCUCUCCAUCGCUACCAUGAUACCGCCGCUGUGAACAUUCUCCGCGGACACCGAGCCGAAUAUUCGUCAAGAGUUCCGCUUUCCCGACCGCCAAAUAAGGUGUGAAUGACUGACGUGGUGCCGCCCACUGCGCUCAGCGAAAUCAAACUCCGCCUCCUGUGCCAAGAUGACAUAGACAGUGUUAAAGUGCUGUGUGGCGAUUGGUUCCCCAUCGAGUAUCCCGACUCGUGGUAUCAUGACAUCACGUCGAACAAGAAGUUCUUUUCCCUUGCAGCUACCUUCAAGGGUGGCAUCGUGGGGAUGAUCGUGGCUGAGAUAAAGAGCAGGACAAAAGUGCACAAAGAGGAUGGAGACAUUCUGGCCUCCAGCUUUCCUGUUGACACUCAGGUCGCCUACAUUCUGAGCUUAGGAGUGGUGAAGGAGUUUCGAAAACAUGGAAUAGGCUCCCUGUUGCUGGACAGUCUGAAGGAGCACAUCUCCACUGCAGCGCAGGACCACUGUAAGGCCAUCUACCUGCACGUGCUCACCACCAACCUCACGGCCAUUCACUUCUACGAGAACAGAGACUUUAAGCAGCAUCAUUAUUUACCCUAUUACUACUCCAUCCGAGGAGUGCUGAAGGACGGCUUCACCUACGUCCUCUACAUCAACGGCGGACAUCCGCCUUGGACCAUCUUUGAUUAUAUUCAUCAUAUAGGCUCGGCGCUGGCCAGCUUAAGCCCAUGUUCCAUUCCACAGAGGAUCUACCGACAGGCCCAGAGUCUCCUGCGCAGCUUCCUGCCGUGGUCCAGCAUCUCGUCCAAGAGCGGCAUUGAGUACAGCAGAACCAUGUGAGAGGCUCGCUUAAAGGAAUACUCCAGACAUUUUUCAACCUGAUCUGUGUUUACUCUCUCUGUGUGUGUGUGUUGGAUAGUGUAUGUUUGUGUGUGUGUGUGUGUGUGUGUGUGAAGGUAGAUCCAUCUCUGAAAGCUCCAUGUAGAGAUUUUAGAGUAAACAGACUUCAUGUCUUUUUUUUUUUUUUAAUGUUGAUAGUAAUCACACACACACAGACACACACAAAAACACACACAGUACAGAUGCUGUAAAUGAGAUGAUGUUGAAAAAUGUUUGUGUAUGCCUUUAACCCCUUGGAUUAGAGUUUGAAGCAUUUUAUCUCAGUAACCGAGAACAUUUGCUGUUUUCUUUCCAUCCUCCAGCUGAAGGACGGAACUCUUUCCGUUUUCCCCGCCCAGACACCUGAACCUCAGCGUUGCUGAUUUUUACGCGAAAUCCGUCUCGGCCCGUUCAGGUCGUGUGUAAUAUCUGUACAUAAAAUAUCCUCAUGAUUUAAUAUAUGCAUCGUCUUUAUCCCUCUCUCCUCUUCAAGUGACCACACCCCCCCCACCCCCACCUCCACCCCCCCGAGCUGAACUUCAAGCCUGUAAUUCCGCUGCUAGCUAGGAGAUCUUCUGCAGCUUGCUCUGAUCAUUUUUAUGUGUGCCUGCUCCGGAGAAGAAGCCGUAAGAAGGACGUGCACGUGUUCGAGCCGGGUUUCACACAAAGCACUUGUCUUAUUUUGAUUUUUUUUUGUAAAAUUGUGUUUGUUUAUGCUAAAUUUUAAGUGAUGGAUGUAAUGUCCAGCGGCGCUGCUGUAGAUCAUCCCCCAAGAGGAAGACUGAGCUUUUUGUAAAAUUUAUUCUGAAAUCUCCACACCCUCAAACUCAGUGUUUUAUACACAUUAAAGUGUGAGUGUAACAGAUAGCCGACGGUGUAAGCAGCAGAAAAUCAGGGAUUUCCAUAAACAAAUAAAUCUUUGGAAGGAAUUGAUUGUAGCUUAUGAUUGCAGAGAGGUCAGUGAAGAGACCGGUGGAUCUCGAGGCAGGGUCAGGAUUCAUGGAGCGAGAUUUCUUCUUUAGCUUUGUCUGCUAGGGAAAGAGAUGAGACGCGUGUCUGGUGUACAGUCAUGAUAACCGGGGAUUAUUUUUUACACGACUUUAAAUUAAAGCCGCUUUUUAAAACACAUUUUUAACAUUUUACUUGAAACCUGAAAGCUGGGUUUUUUUUUUAAUCCUUCAGGCAAAUGAACUGAAAUGAACCGUAAUAUGAUUUGGUGUAUUAACUUCCUGUUUCAGGUUCCACUAUAGCAGGAGAGCGAUGUUGUGGUCGAGGAGAUAGACAGGAUGUUAUUUCCAUAUAUGGUGAGGAACAAGAUAUUCAAAUGCAGGGGAAAAAGCCAGCCGCUUUGGCUGAAAGUCUUGGGUAUAAAAAAACCCCCAAAAAACAUAAACAUCGAUUAAAUAAUUAAAAAAUUUAUUAAGAACGAGGUAGCUCUGUUUCCCGAGUGUCAGUGUGUGUGAAAAGAAAUAUGAUUGACGUCCUACUUCUACUAAAAGUCAAGAACUGAUUUUGAUCAAACAAAAGGUAUCUGUAUUUAGCUGAAUGCAAAAGUUUUUGCCCCCCUAAGGGAAAUAUAAUGCCAGCUCUCAGUGUAAAUGAGAUUAUAUUGUAAUAAUAACACAGGGGUGUAGCGUGUUACAAGACAACAAUCCAAUACGUGAAGCAGCCUCAGGAUUUAUUUUAGAAAUAGAAAUCAGCUCAAAGUUAUAAUGGAACAUUUAUAUCAAAGGAGAAUGAACUGAUGUUACUGUUUUGCUUCACUGCAAAUAUCUCAAGGUAGAGCUAUUGAGCGUUUUGGGUUCAAAGUGAAGACACCGAAAACAGCUUGUUGCUAUAAAUAAGGUUCCCAUCGCUCUCCUUUUUUUAUCCGUAGGGUCAGUCAUCUGUAGCCCUUGCCCAAUGCUUGAAUGCAAAUACUGAAAAGGGAAGAGAAAAUGUGGCAGACGUUACAGAACGAAUGUGUGGUGAUGAGAUGGUGUGAAAUCCACGUGAAGAUACUGAUCCUGUUCUGAACAGCAGGCUUCAGAUUCCACACCUGAGUUUUGAACCAGAAAAUCUGUUUAGUUUAUCAUAAAAUGAACAAAAAUAUAAUUUUCCUAACCCCAUGUGAUUAUUAUUAUUAUUAUUUUUAAUGUUUAGAGCUGAUUUUUUAAGUGCAUGAAGCCCUGUACAACAGCUCCCUCAACUGUCUGUAAUUGUAAAGUGAUGAAUUUUAUUUAUUUCUUGCUUUAGUUAAAGAUCUCAAUCAAACGGAAACAUCUUCAGUGUGUUUGCUGCAUUUUUCUUUUGUACCAAGCCUGACUUAUACCACUUUUUCUUUCUUUCUUUUUUUUUUUUACAUAUAUAAAUAUAUAUAAAUUGUGUAUCUGUUUUGUUGAAAUCGUUUUGAUCCAAUCACUUAUCCAUGCAGUCCUACAUUACAAGACGGCGUACGAGGUGUGAGAGAGAACACGAGGAAAUAAAAGACAUAAAAACA